UUGAGCACCGUUGCGAAGGCUGUUGGGGGUGGAGCAGCCUGUCCCACACCUGCGCACUCGGACCAAGAUGGCGGCGGCGGCUCUCCUGGGCUGGGGAGUUGCGGCGGCUGCCGCGGGGCUGCGGAGGCGAUUCUGUCAUAUGAUGAAUCCACAUACCAUUAAGAAACAGCCUCUGCAUCAGUUUGUCCAGAGACCACUUUUCCCACUCCCUGCAACCUUAUGUAACACAGUGAGACACAUGUUUAUUCAAACACAAGAUACCCCAAAUCCCAACAGUUUAAAGUUUAUUCCAGGAAAACCAGUUCUUGAGACAAGGACCAUGGAUUUUCCCACACCAGCUACAGCAUUUCGCUCCCCUCUGGCUAGGCAGUUAUUUAGGAUUGAAGGAGUAAAAAGUGUCUUCUUUGGACCAGAUUUCAUCACUGUCACAAAGGAAAAUGAAGAGUUAGACUGGAAUUUACUGAAACCAGAUAUCUAUGCUACAAUUAUGGAUUUCUUUGCAUCUGGCUUACCUUUAGUUACUGAGGAAACACCUUCAGGAGAAGCAGGAUCUGAAGAUGAUGAUGAAGUUGUGGCAAUGAUUAAGGAAUUGUUAGAUACUAGAAUACGGCCAACUGUGCAGGAAGAUGGAGGAGAUGUAAUCUACAAAGGCUUUGAAGAUGGCAUUGUACAGCUGAAACUCCAAGGUUCUUGUACCAGCUGCCCCAGUUCAAUCAUUACUCUGAAAAAUGGAAUUCAGAACAUGCUGCAGUUUUAUAUUCCAGAAGUAGAAGGUGUAGAACAGGUUAUGGAUGAUGAAUCAGAUGAAAAAGAAGCAAACUCACCUUAAAUUAAUUUGAGUUUUCUUUGGGCCCAGCAGUUGGACUUGUUGAUACAUAUACUAAGCUUUUAUUAUUAAUCUGCUAAGGAACUUGAGGAUUAAUAAAAUAUACCCUUUCUUCAGAGAAUGAUAUAUAAAUAUUGCAUGUUUGCUUUA